AUGAUGACCAGGUCAAAACUCCGUCGCAUGCUUUCGGCUCCUUUGGCGGAGAUGUCUCUCAAUCAAGUUACACCUACGCGUCGCGUUGCUCUCUCGGGGUCCCUCGGGUCUUUGAAGCAAGACUCGCCUCUUAUUGAGAGUUAUGUAACCAAGGAAAAUAUUCCCAUGAGUCAGGAUAUCCCCGCAAGAGCCCAGGCUUGUCCAUUAACCCGGGUUCCUCUUGACUGCUGGCUUCAAGUGCUAGAAUGCCUUCACCGGCGCGAUGUGUCGGCUGUGAGCAUGGCAUCAAAGCAGCUGCGAGCGUCUGCCGAGCCGAUUCUCUACCGAGUUCUCUUCUGGGAGUGGUUCCCCAUUCCGUUUUUGCAGAUCUUGAAGCUUCUCCGUACCUUUUAUGAGAGACCGGAGCUUGCUGUCCUGGUUCAGCAUGUCAGCUUCACGGUCUCCUACCCUGACAAUCCGUUCAUGCCAUUCAUGCCCAAGGACGAGUGGAAGAAGGAUCUCCGCGGUUUUGCAACGGUCCGGAAUUUUGCGUUGAGCAUCAUUCGCCAGGGGAAUUUUGCAAACGGCACUCAGUGGAAAGAAGCCUUGAAUGAAGGUCAAGCUAAUGCGUACGCGGCAAUCCUCAUCUCCCAGCUGCAUGGUCUCCAGACCCUCAAGCUAGACUGCUCUUUUGUCUUGGAUCACGGUUAUCCAGGCCUGAUGAUGACUCAAGCUCUCCUCCACGCUCCAGCGGGUGUGAUGUCGGAUUUCACACGGCUACGAGUCGUGGACUACGGCAACAACUCUCCCCGCCUGAUGGCCUACAACGCCGAACAAGGUUAG